AUUGAGUUUUCCUGUUAGUUCACUGGAGUCAGAAAAUAACCAAAUAAACGUCUCUCAUAGACUUUGUCAUCUACACCUUUUAUUAUUAUUAUUAUUAUUAUUAUUAUUAUUCCUUCAAGGACACGUGCACGGCUGGAAAAGUAAAGUAAACUUCCUUUAAACUCAAACAUGGCGAACGCAGGAGUGCAGCUGCUCGGGUUUUCCCUGUCUCUGGUGGGCAUCGUGGGGCUCAUCAUUGGCACGGUGCUGCCGCAGUGGAAAAUGUCAGCCCAUGUAGGAGACAGCAUCAUCACGGCAGUGGCUACUUACCAGGGCCUGUGGAUGUCCUGCGCUUUCCAGAGCACUGGCCAACUCCAGUGCAAAAUCUACGACUCCGUCCUGCAGCUGGACAGUUCUCUCCAGGCAACCCGCGCACUAAUGAUAGUUGGCAUAAUUGUGUCGAUUGCUGGACUGGGAGUCGCCUGCAUAGGCAUGAAGUGCACCACAUGUGGAGAGGACAAUAAAGUGCGUAAAGCCCGCACUGCUAUGAUGGGAGGCAUCAUACUGCUCAUUGGGGCUCUCAGUGCAAUUGUUGCAUGCUCUUGGUUCGCCCACAACGUGAUCCGUGCUUUCUACAACCCAUAUACUCCGGUCAACACCAAGUUUGAGUUUGGAACAGCCAUUUUCAUCGCAUGGGCCGGAUCGUUUCUCGAUGCUCUUGGCGGAGCUUUAUUGGUGGCCUCUUGCCCUCAAAGCAAACAGGUGUCCAAGUACCAUAAAAACUCUGCUCGCGCCUCCAGCAGCACCAAGGAGUAUGUGUGAUUGCUUACAGAUGACCAGACAGGAACUGUAUAUGAUAAAGGACCCCUGUAAAAGGAAAAUGGGACUGUGCCAGAUGGAAAACUGAAGUAGGUGGAAACCAUGGUUAAUCCAUAGAGUGAGAAUGACAGAAGGUGCUGAAUAUAAUAUGCCAUCUUCAGCAUUAUAACAUACAGCAGUUACUGAAAAACAAGAGUUUACAUAAUAGCCCAUGGUGCAAAGGAACAGUAAAGAAUUACUAGCUCUUUGAGUUUGUUAUAAUAGGAAACAAUAGGCUUCUAGCACUCUUCUUCCGAAAGAUUAGUGUUGAAUGUAUAUGGUGGUGAGCUAUCAUCAUCACCACUAGAGGAGCCCUUUAGUUGUGUAAAGUGCACAACUGCCCAGAAAACUGAAUAACAAGGACCAAAACCUUUCAUCACUGUCCAACAGGAGAAGCUGUGUAUUCCCCCUGGCCAACCUAGGAGUUUGAUUUUUAAUUUUAGCUUUAUUGAAAACAAAGGUUCUUGCUAAAAAAAAAAUAAAGAAAGAAAGAAAAACAUGGCCAGCAAAGUACAUAUUCCAGUACACACCCAAUAAUAAACUGUGUGAACAGCAUUCAAAAGUUAAACAAAUGCCGUUUUGCUAUUUCUUUUGGACGGAAUUUUGGUAUUUGAGAUAUAUUUGUCUGUCUAGAUUUGGUAAUAGAGAAAUUAAUGUAUUUAGUGGUGCUUUCUCUAAAGCUACAGUAUUGCAGCCUCGAUGGCUGACGUUUUUACAGUAUUAAUUGCUUCAUCUCUGGGAAGUGUGUCUCAAUUCAACCUCCAUUUUAAUAUGUAAUGAAUUACUUACCACAGGCACCUUGACAAUUUUUUUAACUACAAGAAUGGUCUUGAGUAAAAAUACAAAAAAAACCCCACAGAUCUUAGCAAAUAUAGCAUGGCUAACAAAUGACUGACAAAAUAGUAUGCAUACAAACAUAAAAAAUACAAGAUCUAGUGGUGACUUGCCUAUUUAUAGGUGUAUUGGGCCUCUAUCUGGAAGGGUUUUUUAAUGAUACACUAGCUGGGUUGGAGCACAUGUAUGCUCCAUAAUGUCUGAGUUUCAUUGUAGGAUGUUUUCUUAUUUCACAAUUCCAGUUCUGUCAACCAGAUACUAGGCACAUUUUUAUAUUUUUUCUACUCUAACACUCCUGAAGCUGCUCAUAAAGGACUUGAAUCAGGUGUGUUAGAGCAUGACCAUCUCAAAAACACACCAAACAUGGGGUCCCCAUGACUACAAUAUGAAAACAACCACUGAUUUAAGAUCUAGUGUGUGAAUCUCUGUUAGAUCAGAACAAGGGACCAGUUUAAGAUGCACUCUCUGCUUUAUCCAUCACUCACACUACAGUGCUGUGAAAAAGUAUUUGCACCAUCCUGAUUUAUUUUUCUGUGUGUGUGUGUGUCUCAUACUAAAUUGUUUCAGAAAUUAAAACAAAAUCUAGGAUAAAACAUGGGCAACCUGAGUAAAUACAAAAUGCAGUUUCUAAAUAAUAAUGUUAUUUAUUGAAGCAAUAAAGUUUUCCAAUACCAAUUGGGCCUGUGUGAAAAUAUAUUUGCCCCUUAGUUACUAAUUCCCCAAAUCUAUGAAACUGCAUUAAUAAUGGGUUUCAGCUGGACUAGAUACAACCAGGCCUGAUUACUGCAAACCUUGUUCAAUCAAAGCAACACUUAAAUAGAACUUUUUCUAUCAUGAAGUUGGUUAAAAGGUCUUACCUAUAACACACUAUGCCAAUAUUGAAAGAAAUUCCAGAAAUGAUGAGGAAGAAGGUGAUUGAAAUACAUCAGUCUGCGAAGGGAUAGAAGCUGUUUCAAAGGCUCUGGGACUCCAAAGAACCACAGUGAGAGCCAUUACCUCCAAAUAGAAAAACUCGGCACAGUAGUGAACCUUCCCAGAAGUGUCCAACCUUCCAAAAUUCCUCCAAGAGCACAGCGAUGACUCAUCCAGGAAGUCACAAAAGAGCUAAGGACAAAAUCAAAAGGACCUAGAGUCCUCUCUUCAAUCAAUAAAGGUUCAUGACUCUACUAUCAGAAAGACACUGGGCAUAAAUGGCCUCCAUGGAAGAGUGGUGAGGUGAAAACCACUGCUAACCCAGAACAUCAUUAAGGCUCCUCUGAAUUUUCCCAAAACACAGUUUGAUGAUCCUCAAAUAUUUUGGGAGAAUGUUCUAUGGAUUGAUGAGAUGCAAGUGGAUCUGUUUGGAAGACAGGGGUCCCGUUACACCUGGCGUAAACCAAACACAGAAUUCCACAAAAAGAACGUCAUACCUACGGUCAAGCAUAGUGGUGGCAGCGUGAUGGUGUGGGGAUGCUUUGCCGCUUAGUAAUAGGUUUUGGAUAACUUUUUUUGCUUCUGUUUAAAAAAAAAUAUGUAAAAACUAUAUUAUGCGUUUACUCAGGUUGCUUUUGUUUUACGUUGUAUUUCAUUUGAAGAUCUAAAACUAUUUAGUAUGAGAUAUACACAAAAACAGAUGAAAUCUGGAUGGGGCAAAUAUUUUUUCACAGCACUGUACCUUUUAACACUGAACCCAACACAGCUCUGGGUUCUGGAUCACUCACUCAGUGAAGUGAAUAUAUCAAGCACUUGAUUUGAUCACCUGUUCUUGCACAGUUACAUUGUUGUUUGGAAUGCUGAAUGUUAAUACAGUGAUGUCCUGAUAGACAAGCAAGUGUGAUAAAUGUGCUUUUUUGACUGUUUAUUAGUGGUCUAAUGGUAUAAAUCAACAGAAAGAUUUUACAGUUGUGAGAACUAGAAGUGUUUACCUUACAGUUUCACAUCCCAUUGUACUCUAGUCCAUUCAAAAAAAAAAAAAAAACCACCUUAAUAGAACAAAUGAUGAGAAUAAUUGUCUGAAGUCCUAAAGACAUUCAGUGAGUCAGUGUGUUUUGUAAGCCUUGCACCAAUUUCUGUACUUUUACAGGAACCAUAUAAAGUGGAUCUAUAUAAUCAAGUGUUUUCCUGUGUAUCAUAUUGCAGUAUAGUAAAGCUUCCACAAGUGAGGUUACAUUGCUCUGUGUUCAGUGAUUUUUGUGUUAUGUUUCUUUUGGGGGGUUUUUUCUUGCUACAAUUAUGAAUGCAAAAUAAAAUUUAUAUUAUUUAUAA